AUGGAUUAUCGAAAUCACUUCAAUAAUGCUUAUGGAAUUAUUCGAGUACUUUAUGGUCGUAUUUUAGUCAAGCUUUAUCCGGAUCUAACACUAAAUGUUCGUGAAGUUGCACCAAUUGAACAAAUUCUUGAAGAAGGUCAAGUAACAUGGAUGUUACCUAGACUUAAUCAAACACAUCAAGUUAGAAAUCCAGAUUUGUAUGGUACAUGUUGCAUUACACUUCAAUGCUAUCAAUAUGGAUCAGAAGAUUGA